GAGCGAUCUUAUAAAAAAUAAAAUCAACACAACAAACACCGUGUAAAAUCUACGCGGGGCGGACGUGGCAACGCUGCGGCUCGCUUGCCCCGCUUCUUCUUUAUUCCGAGCGGGGGAGCUUCGGAGCGAUCCCAAAAAGAUCUGCCUGAGAGCGGGGGGGGGGGGGCGCUUCUCUCUCUCUCUUAUUGUCAAGGGACUUUGUGAGAGCCGCACAACAUAAGACGCCUCCGACAACAGGUGCGUGGUGCUGCAGCCGCGAGCGAGAGCGCAGAAGAGGCUCGGCACGGGCAGAGCAACAGACACGGACGCGGCUGCGCAGGCCACUCCCGAAAGGAAAAAAAAAAGCCUCCUCCUCCUCCAACCUCCUUCUCUACUUGUUCUUUCCUCCCCUUCGCAUCUCGUCCCCUGCAGGCCACGCGAUGUCAGCGCCUUUCCCGGGGCUCAUGCAUGAGGCUGAGAUGCGAGCUGACGGCUCCAACAGCUACCGACUGAUGCAGCUGGGCUGCCUCGAGUCAUCGCCGUCUCCCCUCGCCUAUCCGGCCGCGGCGGCGGCGCCGGACUUCGGGUCAGCCUACUUCUCCGGCACGCCGCAGUACAAUGCCCUGCACCACCACCACCACCACGCGCAGGCCUUCCACUACGACUUCCACCAGGGCGCCGCGGCGCACACGGCGGCCGUGGCUGCCGACGCGUACCCGCUCACGCCUCUGCAUCCGUCACAGCAGUACUACCCCCAGUUACACCACGGCCACUCGGCGAGCGAGCAGGCGACGGAGCUCCACGCGGGCCUCCACGCCGGCCUGGCCGGGGCGUGCAGGGCCCUCAAGCCCGCGUCGGGGCUCGAGGAGCAGCAGAGGCGCGACCUGGCAUGCUUCGAGGCUUACCACCGCCGCCACGACAUCUCGCUCAUGGGCCACGCGGGGGGACAGUUCGGGGUGCACCCCGAUCAGCUGUUUCUGCCGGGGGGUCCCCCCCUUGGCCUGGCCGCGCAUGGAGGAGGAGAGGACAGCCCGGGCUGCCUUGAAGGACCAAGUGGAUUGCUCAUCAAUGGCCCAGGCGGUGUCAUAAGGAGGGGCGGAUCCGCAGCGGUCAACCCCACUGACCUCUUCUGCUCGGUGCCCGGCCGGCUGUCCCUCCUCAGCUCGACGUCCAAGUACAAGGUGACCAUCGCAGAGGUGAAGCGGCGCCUGUCUCCCCCAGAAUGUCUCAACGCAUCCCUCCUGGGCGGCAUCCUCAGGAGAGCCAAGUCGAAGAACGGUGGCCGGUGCCUGCGCGAGAAACUCGACCGGCUGGGGUUAAACCUCCCCGCGGGGCGCAGGAAAGCAGCCAACGUCACCUUGCUCACCUCGCUGGUGGAAGGCGAGGCCCUUCACCUGGCGCGUGACUUUGGCUACACAUGCGAGACGGAGUUCCCCGGCAAGGCGGUGGGCGAGCACCUGGCGAAGCAGCACGCGGAGCCCAAGGAGCAGCAGACACGACGCAAGAUGAUACUCGCCACCAAACAGAUCUGCAAGGAGUUCCAGGACUUCCUGAGCCAGGACCGCUCUCCCCUUGGCAGCUCACGGCCAACACCUGUGCUGGACCCAGAGGUUCAGCGUCACCUCACGCACUUCAGCCUCAUUACCCACGGCUUCGGCACGCCCGCCCUCUGUGCAGCCUUGAGCACGUUCCAGACGGUGCUGGGUGAGAUGCUGGCUUACCAAGAGAAGCACCUCCAGAGCAAAGCCGCCAGCCUUGCGUCGACGCCAGCUCCCGCCCUCCCUAUCGACAAGGGCUCACUUAGGAAGGCGGGAGACGCCAGCGAAAAGGACAAUCGUGGUGGCAAGGCCGACUAGCCGCCUGCCCCACGAACGCACACAGUUACGGGGCGGGGGGGUGUUGAGGGGUGGACCCUCUCUGUCGACGAUUCAUUUAACGAGUGCGCGUCCACGAUUAGCUCCGAUGAUACAAAAAAAAAACCCGUGUUCUGCAUCGACCGUCGCUGUGUUGGCAUCUUUUUUAUUUAAACAACGCGCCAAACCACAGAGGAAAAUGCUGAUCGGGAUGGGUGAAGUAAAAAUAUAUAUAUCUCAAGAUCGGCAAGUGUGUUCCUUGCAGAUGCUUUUAUGUGGAGUGAAAGGUGGAUAUAAGGGGGGGGGGGAGGUGCAGCCCUGCAAUUGCUUGAUCAUGUCACUGCUGGCAGAAAGACCUCCUACGAAAUGGAACUAUAGAGGGUAUUUUGUCCUGCUGUUCCACUUUGGCCAGAUGUCUUGAAAAAGAUUGGAGUAAAACCUGCACAUUGCACCACCACACGGUGUAAUUUCAUGUAACUCGCGUGUCGUUUCAUUUUUUAUCGAACACAAGUGGGACGGGCGCUCCGCCAACGGGGGAGUAAUGCGCGAAGAAGCUCGGAAUGGGAUGCCCAAGACUCGCGCGACAAUUGCCUUUGGAACCACGAACAAUGCCUUUCCCACCGUUCAGUCGUGGACAUUCCAUGGUUGAGUGGGAACACAGUGGGGCAGCAAUAGAAAAAUGUCAUGGCCACAAUGCAAACAAAACAAAUGGAUCACAUCGUUUUGUUUACGAAACAAGUUCAUUUAGAAGGUGUUUUUUUUGUUUCAUGUUCAGGCAAAUUGUUGUCCAUCAGCAACUCCGCGUGGAUUCAAAAUUUUCGGGGUCAAGUGAUGAAAGGCGUGUUGAAAAAUUACUCAGGUUUUUAUAAACCCAAGCGAUAUACAGUUAUGGAAAAUGCCCCACGUAAAACGUUCAAUAGCACCAUCGCGAGCAAAAAUACAUUCGGCAGUUGCAUAAUAUAUGAACUAGCAGCAGUGUUUGUGAAGGGCAAUCGGUCCAUUUUCCAGUGUGUUUGUCCUUAAUUUAAUCUUGCAAAAUUAAUUCAACCGUGGAUAAGGCACGCAAAUUGAUGUCCAGGCUUACACUGUUUAGAACAAAACAUGGUGAGUUUGUGUGAAUGUUUGAACUUUUGCACGGUACGUAGCCAACCAUGCUAAUUGGAGGUGCGGGCGAAGGACAACAAACAACCUGUUCCGAAAUAUUUGAGUAUCACUUAUAAUGUACAAGCAAAACGAACAGUGGCUGUUCAUGUAUUAAAAAUAUAUGAAUAUAAAAUAAAUAGAUUAAUGGAGCACUCUGUCAAAUCCACUGCUGGAUUAAGGCCUAAUGAAACAGUAUCGGCCAUAAGGGUUAUUUGUCGAUAUCUCACCACGCUGGUGAGUGGGUUAGUGGAUGGAUGGGUGGGCAGGACCGGUGGAGAAAAUUUAAUUAUUUCGAUUAUUUAGAUUAAUUGGCUACGAGAAAUUCCUGCAUGUGAUGUCACUUCCAUGAGCUAUCCGAUGUGGCCAGGUCACCUCUGAAAUGGAGCUUAAUAGCUCUGUGGGCUUUACCUGUUGAAUACAAAUAUUAUUUUGUUUUCUUUUGACUAAUGUGUAUUCGUGGCUGGGAAUCGAACUGAGGUUGCUGGAUUGGAAGCGCGGUGUGCCAACCACUGUUCCACCGUUUCCACAACUGGUCCUGUAUAUGUGUGCAUAUAUUAUUGUACAUACUCGCUUUGGAAAUAUGAACCAAUGAUGUAACAAAUACAUAGUGUGCGCAUAUAUCCAUUACAAAGUGUAUGUUGCCUUUACGUACCAACACAUCUGAUGGUAGAUAUAAAAUGCUUUUAAGGAUGUAUUAUACUUGUACAUUGUUAAUUUUAAUACUGGCUAGCAAACAUUUUGUGCAUAAUGAGCUGUUGUUACAGGGUCAGUCUUAGUCGUUUUCGUUAUUUAUCAGCUUGUAUUUUACUUUUAAAUGUUCACCAAAGACUACUUUUAACUCACAAAUCACAUCUUUCCAGUUGCUUUGUGUCUCUCACUUCGCAUUUUUUUUUCUCCUGAAGGAUUUCGUUAUUUAACGUCAGUUGAAUACAAUAAAAUAAACGGGACAGUUUUAAACAGAUGCUUUUAAUGUAAGCAUACAACGCAUGCAGCAACCUUUUGCCUGUAAAAAAAAAUUCCUACACUUGCUCGAGUUGUUUUUUCUUCUUCCUGUCAACAAAAGAUUUUGAUCGGUAAUGUUGGUCUCUGGUCAUUGCCAACGCCGUUGCACCUGGUACAAGUUGCAGAGGACUGGUACAAGUUGCAGAGGACUGGUACAAGUUGCAGAGGACUGGUACAAGUUGUAGAGACCUGGUACAAGUUGCAGAGACCUGGUACAAGUUGCAGAGGACUGGUACAAGUUGUAGAGACCUGGUACAAGUUGCAGAGGCCUGGUACAAGUUGCAGAGACCUGGUACAAGUUGCAGAGGCCUGGUACAAGUUGCAGAGACCUGGUACAAGUUGCAGAGACCUGGUACAAGUUGCAGAGGCCUGGUACAAGUUGUAGAGACCUGGUACAAGUUGUAGAGACCUGUACAAGUUGUAGAGGCCUGGUACAAGUUGCAGAGACCUGUACAAGUUGUAGAGGCCUGGUACAAGUUGUAGAGGCCUGGUACAAGUUGCAGAGGCCUGUACAAGUUACAGAGACCUGUACAAGUUGUAGAGACCUGUACAAGUUGUAGAGACCUGUACAAGUUGCAGAGGCCUGUACAAGUUACAGAGACCUGGUACAAGUUGCAGAGACCUGUACAAGUUGUAGAGACCUGGUACAAGUUACAGAGACCUGUACAAGUUGUAGAGGCCUGGUACAAGUUGUAGAGACCUGGUACAAGUUGUAGAGACCUGUACAAGUUGCAGAGACCUGUACAAGUUGUAGAGACCUGUACAAGUUGUAGAGGCCUGGUACAAGUUGUAGAGGCCUGGUACAAGUUGCAGAGGCCUGUACAAGUUACAGAGACCUGUACAAGUUGUAGAGACCUGUACAAGUUGUAGAGACCUGUACAAGUUGUAGAGACCUGUACAAGUUGCAGAGACCUGGUACAAGUUGUAGAGGCCUGGUGCAAGUUGUAGAGACCUGUACAAGUUGCAGAGACCUGUACAAGUUGUAGAGACCUGUACAAGUUGUAGAGACCUAUACAAGUUACAGAGGCCUGGUACAAGUUGUAGAGACCUGUACAAGUUGCAGAGGCCUGGUACAAGUUGUAGAGACCUGGUACAAGUUGUAGAGGCCUGGUACAAGUUGUAGAGACCUGUACAAGUUGUAGAGACCUGUAAAAGUUGUAGAGACCUGUACAAGUUGUAGAGACCUGGUACAAGUUGUAGAGACCUGUACAAGUUGUAGAGGCCUGGUACAAGUUGUAGAGGUCUGGUACAAGUUGUAGAGGUCUGGUACAAGUUGUAGAGACCUGUACAAGUUGUAGAGACCAGUACAAGUUGUAGAGACAUGUACAAGUUGUAGAGACCUGUACAAGUUGCAGAGACCUGUACAAGUUGCAGAGACCUGGUACAAGUUGCAGAGGCCUGGUACAAGUUGUAGAGACCUGUACAAGUUGUAGAGGCCUGGUACAAGUUGCAGAGGCCUGGUACAAGUUGUAGAGACCUGUACAAGUUGCAGAGACCUGGUACAAGUUGUAGAGGCCUGGUGCAAGUUGUAGAGACCUGGUACAAGUUGUAGAGACCUGUACAUUUGUAGAGACCUGUACAAGUUGUAGAGACCUGUACAAGUUUGCAGAGUCCUGACCAAAGCUUCUAGAGCACAGGAGGAUAAUAAAUAUCUCGCUUGUGCCACGAUUGUGACGCGUGACGAAUUGUGAAGAGUGGCCUUCCAAGUCAAAUGCAAACAGCAAAUCAUAACAAUUUCAGAAACGCAAAGCCUCCUGUCUUAGGCUUCGUCUGAAUGCUCAUAACUCGCUGGUAUUUGGAAUCCGGCAUGGUUUAUUUAUACAGUAUAUAUAUUAUGACACGGAUGUGAAACGUAUUAAUCUGGAAUGGCAUCAACCGUUUACAUGUUUCCCAUAAUAUAUAUAUUUUUGGGGUUAGAUCGCGUAUAAAUAUAAAUGUGUCGUUAAACCUGCCACCACCCGACACAGCCAAUUAGUAAGGUUUGUCACGUAAACAAAACAUG